UAAAAUAUUUGUCAACUUGGUGCAUUUGUGCUGUUUUCUGCUCCUCCCAAAUAUAUAUUUUAGUUUGCAGCUGGAUAGAAGUGCUUCUUAAAAAUGGUGUAAUUUUGAUUUAACAAAGACUUCUAAAUAUACACAAACGCAAAAUCCGGAUCAUUAAAGUGAUUUUUUAAAUCGCUAACUCUCUCAACAAAACACAAUUCGCUCAACUAUUCUAGGUCGUCAAAAUUGAUACCGUCGCAAUAAUAACGUCGAGCACCUGCAACGCCAAAGAUAGCGUUUGCAAAAGCUCUAGUGGCGUUAGUCUAGUGCCAAGUUGUAGUGGUGCCGUUGGAAAAGUGCAGUUAAUUCCUGGACCAGGACUAGUGGCUACAACUAAAAUGUCGGGUGAUCAAAAAACCCUUCUAAAGGGACACUCAUCACAGUAUGUAAAGUUAAACGUGGGUGGAAGGUUGUACUAUACAACAAUUGGUACAUUGACGAAACACGAUACCAUGUUAAGUGCAAUGUUCAGCGGACGCAUGGAAGUGCUAACAGAUUCAGAGGGUUGGAUUUUAAUCGAUCGUUGUGGCAAUCAUUUCGGCACCAUACUAAACUAUUUACGUGACGGUACAGUUCCAUUACCAGAAUCUCAUAAAGAGAUAGCCGAAUUGCUUGCCGAAGCAAAAUAUUAUUGUAUCACCGAAUUGGCCAUGUCUUGUGAACGAGCACUUCUGGCACACCAGGAGCCCAAACCAAUCUGCCGUAUACCGUUAAUUACUUCACAAAAGGAAGAGCAACUAUUGAUUAGUUCGUCGUCGAAGCCCGCAGUUAUUUUGGUAGUGCAACGACAAAAUAAUAAAUAUUCGUAUACAAGUACAUCAGAUGACAACUUACUGAAGAAUAUCGAACUUUUUGAUAAGCUGUCUUUACGUUUCAAUGAACGCAUAUUAUUUAUCAAAGAUGUCAUUGGACCUAGUGAAAUAUGCUGCUGGUCAUUCUAUGGACAUGGCAAAAAAGUUGCUGAAGUAUGCUGCACUUCAAUUGUGUAUGCCACAGACAGGAAACAUACUAAAGUCGAAUUCCCAGAAGCGCGCAUAUAUGAGGAAACGUUGCAAGUACUUUUGUAUGAGAAUCGUAAUGCACCAGAUCAAGAAUUACUGCAAGCAACAUCAUCAGUGCGCGGAGCCGUGGCUGCGCCCGGUAUGCAGCAGUACACCAGUGAUGAGGAGGAAGAACGCACCAGUCUGGCGCGCUUACGUUCGAACAAACGCAACAAUCCCACAUGAUUCAUGAAACAAUAUGUUGGAUGACAACGCACCGCUCUUCCCUAACUUUGGAGGGAUGUUAGCGGAGGUAGUGUGUAAAUGGCCAAAGAAAUAUACUAUUAUGGGGAUAUAAAAGCACCCGUGCGCGUUUAAUAUGAUAUAAAGACAAAUUUACUCGUAAAAUUAAAAAAAUAUACAUAUGUAUGUUCAGAACACAAAUGAUCAUACCUACAAAAUCACUCAAAUGGUCAAUAUUAUAUAAAUCCUUAAAGAAAUCUAGUAUAAUGCAAUGCAACGACCUUUAUUUCUCAUGUUCUGGUUUUGCAUAUUAGCAUACAUAUUUUAAUGAAUCAAUUCGUUAGAAAUAUUUUUUCACCACAUAACACCAUAUGCAUAUGUUGAUCUGUUGCUUAACAAUUCUACACGCUAUAGUAUUAAACGCACAUACACGAACAUUCUCAUUAUCAGUUUGCAAUUUACAAAUUGCUUUUAAGUUGUUUAUUUAUACCAUUCCGUUUAAUGCCGGUGGGAAACUGAUAAACGCGGUUUAAAUUUAAAACUAAUCUUUUUAUACAUACAUACACGCAGGCAAAUUGUAAGACCCACAUAUAAUUAAUUUGCAAUACCAACAAAUAAAAAUGAUUGAUGAAUCAAAUAUUUGUUUGAAUAUU